AUGUAUUUUCCAAUAGGAUGGCCAAAAGUACUGAAGAACUUGGGAUCAGAUGGACAGGCAAUCAAACAAAUAGUUUCAAAUAGGGAUAAAAUUUUGCUUGUGUCAUUAAAUGAUGAUUCGUUUGUUAUAUGGUUUUGUAAGCCAACUGUUCCAAUUGUGUUUCAUAAGCGAAACACAGAAUCCCUUCAGAGGCUUGGUAUCAAUAUAGGAGUGGAAUGGAAACCUGAUUCCUCAAUGAUAUGUAUUUCGACAUCAGAAGGUCAUUUAAUAAUUUACAAUGUCGAAGUGCAAAGUGAGCAGACAGCAUAUAAUCAAUUUGAUCCACCCACGGCGAGUCUGCGAAGGGAUUCUGCAGAGUUGUUUGUAAAGGAGAUGAUACCAUCACUUAAAAUUACUCUGUUUAAAGAAAUUUUAGUAUGGGAUGGACAAAUUACACGGAUGUGUUGUAUAUCUGGUACCGAGAUCCUAGUGUGUACUACUCGCGCUCAUCUGCUUCGUUACCGGUGGGAUGGUACACAGAACAGAGACUACUGCCUGGACCUGGGGCGGAUUCCUUUUUCGAUAAAUCAACAGGUUUCUAAAGCUGAACCCAUCCUUGAAGAUAAUACACAUGUAAAUGACAUUGAGUACUCUCCACUUGUUUGUGGCUUCGGGAUUACACUCAAUGAUGGGCGCGCGGCUUACCUUACUGCACCUAACCUCAAAUUUGAUCCAAAUGCAGUACAAGGAAUAUGGGCUCCGGGAAUCGAUGACGCCACCUGCGUGCGAGUUAAUCAUAAGUUUAGACUUAUAGCUAUAGGCAGGAAGAAUUCUCAAGUAGACGUUUUUACGAUAGACGAGAUUACUGGAGGCCUGGAGUUGUCCCACACCAUGGUUCUCAGCUCAAAAGACUUUCCGGGAGAUCCGGGACCUGUAAAGUGCAUAAGAUGGACAGCGGACGGUCGCGCAGUGUGCGCGAGCUGGGCGCGCGGCGGCGUGUCCGUGUGGAGUACGUUCGGCGCGCUGCUCAUGUGCUCGCUGGCCUGGGACUACGGCCUCAGCCAGGACCUCGUGCACCACAACCCGCUCGUCGUCUCCAGCAUGGUGCGUAUCGUUACAUACGUGUCGGCGUGGAGCACGUUCGGCGCGCUGCUCAUGUGCUCGCUGGCCUGGGACUACGGCCUCAGCCAGGACCUCGCGUACCACAACCCGCUCGUCGUCUCCAGCAUGGAAUGGGCUACAGAAGGCUAUCAACUUUGGAUGGUUAAAAUUGAGGGAGACUCUAACACCAACCUGAUACAAAUGGAUUUUGUAAAAAGCCCCCUCAGUGUCAAUCCUUGUAUGAGCAAUCAGAGACACUUAUAUUUGCAAGCAGACGACAAGCUCUACGUGAAUUUAGAAGACAACCUAACUAGAAAAACAAAAAUAUCGAUGAUCGACUCAUCCGACUACCAGGAUAAUGGUGUACCAGACCAUCCAACUCUGGUGUAUGAUAAUAAGGCCAAGUAUAGAGAGUUUGUCGAUGACAACGAAUGCAGGAAGCAGUGGAUCGUGUUGCCAUUACCGGCGACGUAUAUAGCAACCAACUGGCCGCUUAGAUACAGCGCGAUGGACGAAGCGGGCGCGAACGUGUGCGUGGCGGGGCGCGCGGGGCUGGCGCACUACAGCUGCGCGUCGCGCCGCUGGAAGCUGUUCGGCAACGAGGCGCAGGAGAAGGACUUCGCUGUCUCCGGCGGCAUGCUGUGGUGGCGCGACUACAUCGCCGUCGGUUGCUAUAGCAUUCUCGACGGACACGACGAGAUUCGCUUCUAUCCGCGCGAUGCGAAGUUGGAUAACCGGUUUGCGAAGAUCGUGCGCGUGCAGGCGCAGGUGUUCGCGCUGGACGCACUCGACGACCAGCUCGUCGUGUUCACCUCUGAUGCGCUCGUCACCAUCUACGAACUAAGCGCCGUGAAUAACAACGGCGGCAUAGAGAUGCGGUGCGUGCAGGCCGUGGAUAUAUCCGCGCUGUCGCACCCCGCGUGCGUGGUGUCGGCGGCGCUGUGCCGGCUGCAGGAGCAGCCCGGCCCGCCGCACUUGGCGCGCGCGCCUGCAGCCAGCCCGCUCGCGCCCGACUCGCUGGCCGUGAUAUAUCCGCGCAUUCGCACCCCGCGUGCGGGGGGGCGGGGCGCUGUGCCGGCUGCAGGAGCAGCCCGGCCCGCCGCACCUGGCGCGCGCGCCCGCAGCCAGCCCGCUCGCACCCGACUCGCUGGCCGUGAUAUAUCCGCGCUGUCGCACCCCGCGUGCAUGGUGUCGGCGGCGCUGUGCCGGCUGCAGGAGCAGCCCGGCCCGCCACACUUGGCGCGCGCGCCUGCAGCCAGCCCGCUCGCGCCCGCCUCGCUGGUAAUUAAUGCUAGCGGAAAACUAAUGAUGGUACAGAGAGAAGAAUACGACGUGGAUGAAGACAACAAUCCUGUAAGUAAUAUUUAA